AUGGUAACUCAGGCUCUGGUCUUAGGGGAUGGGGAGACUCAGGCUCCGGUCUUAGGGGAUGGGGAGACUCAGGCUCCGGUCUUAGAGGAUGGGGAGACUCAGGCUCUGGUCUUAGGGGAUGGGGAGACUCAGGCUCCGGUCUUAGGGGAUGGGGAGACUCAGGCUCCGGUCUUAGGGGAUGGGGAGACUCAGGCUCCGGUCUUAGGGGAUGGGGAGACUCAGGAUCUGGUCUUAGGGGAUGGGGAGACUCAGGCUCCGGUCUUAGGGGAUGGGGAGACUCAGGCUCCGGUCUUAGGGGAUGGGGAGACUCAGGCUCCGGUCGCUCCGGUCUUAGAGGAUGGGGAGACUCAGGCUCCGGUCUUAGGGGAUGGGGAGACUCAGGCUCCGGUCUUAGAGGAUGGGGAGACUCAGGCUCCGGUCUUAGGGGAUGGGGAGACUCAGGCUCCGGUCUUAGAGGAUGGGGAGACUCAGGCUCCGGUCUUAGGGGAUGGGGAGACUCAGGCUCCGGUCUUAGGGGAUGGGGAGACUCAGGCUCCGGUCUUAGAGGAUGGGGAGACUCAGGCUCCGGUCUUAGGGGAUGGGGAGACUCAGGCUCCGGUCUUAGGGGAUGGGGAGACUCAGGCUCCGGUCUUAGAGGAUGGGGAGACUCAGGCUCCGGUCUUAGGGGAUGGGGAGACUCAGGCUCCGGUCUUAGAGGAUGGGGAGACUCAGGCUCCGGUCUUAGGGGAUGGGGAGACUCAGGCUCCGGUCUUAGAGGAUGGGGAGACUCAGGCUCCGGUCUUAGGGGAUGGGGAGACUCAGGCUCCGGUCGCUCCGGUCUUAGGGGAUGGGGAGACUCAGGCUCCGGUCUUAGGGGAUGGGGAGACUCAGGCUCCGGUCUUAGAGGAUGGGGAGACUCAGGCUCCGGUCUUAGAGGGUGGGGAGACUCAGGCUCCGGUCUUAGGGGAUGGGGAGACUCAGGCUCCGGUCUUAGGGGAUGGGGUGUGGAGUGUUCAGCUCAGGCUUGUGAGGUGCUGA